AUGCUGUUGUUGUUGUGUCUGGGGGUGGCGCUGCUGGGGGAGUGUGGGGCGGACGACGGAGACGUUCACACCUCGGGAUUGGUGGAGGCUGUGGACAACAACCUCCUCGAUCCUGGGACUCCGGCUUCUGACAAUAAGAGUCUCCAAGAGCUCUGCCUCUCCAAGCACGUGGUAUCCUGUGUGAAGUUAUCGGUGGUCCGUGCCUUAGACCGGCUAUCCCGGCUUCCCAGCUUAGAACUACUGCCGGGACUGACUGUCCGAGGUGAUAUGAUGUCUCUGCAGGACCUGCCUAAGGAUAUCACAGCAGGUCAGGUGGACGACGCUCUCCUGAGGAGUCUCACUCGGUACCUAAGCUCUCUCAGUCUCACAGUGCGUGUCCUGGACGGCGGGGUCGUACAACGCAUCAGAGAGAUGGGCGAGGCCCUGACUCGGACUGGCCAGGCGGAGGAGUCAUCAGCUACUGGUCGGAGGCGCAGGACCGGCUCGACUAUGAUGAUGGCCGGGAUGAUGUCAGGUGGCACGAUGAUGGCUUUAGGCAUGUCAGCCAUAGCGGCGAUGGCGGGAAAGGCGCUGAUGACAGCCCUGCUGUCUCUCAUGCUGUCAGCGAUGUCCGCGAUGAGAGGUGGUGGCGGAGGCGCUGAUGGCAAGACUACAUAUGAGGUUAUCCACGCCGCUCACGACAUAAAACACCGCAGCAUAGAAGCAAUGGAGGCGGACACUAGUGCCUCUUACCCGUACUUCAUGCACAAACCUGCAUCCAGAAGAAACAUUCUAAUACCCUUAAGUGGGAGGUAGUUCUGUUG